AUGAAAGAUGAAGUUAAUGUCACUUCUUACAGAACCACAGCUACGGUCCUCAUCACGUUUCAGGCAUUUGCUGGCCUGUGGAUAAAUGCUUUCAUCAUUUCUAUGCUUUCUAUUUCUUGGGUCAAAAAGAGAAGCUUUAGCUCUUUUGAGAAGAUCUUGCUGUUUCUGGGAUGCUGCAGGUUUUUGUAUUUGUGCAUUUCAUGGGUAUAUACAUUUCUUGUAUCUAUUUAUUCCUGGUGCAUUUUUGUUCACCCCAUACCCCAACUCCUUGCAGCUAUUCAAAGCUUUUUUGUCGCUUCCAAUCUCUGGGUUUCUGCCUGUCUUUGUGGUUUCUAUUGUAUAAAAAUUGUAAAUUUCAGGCACAUCUUCUUCAUCUACUUGAAAGCAAAAAUUGACAAAAUUGUGCCAUACCUAUUCUUGAGUUCAGUGUUUUUAUCCCUGAUCUUCAGCAUCGUUGCCUAUGACAUGACUGAUAAAACACUCUAUAACUAUUUCAAUUCCACCAGGCAAGGAGAUUCAUGGAAAUUGACUAUCAGAAUGGAUGAACAUACUAUGGCUCUGCUUGUCAUCUUCAGCUUUGUAUUUUCCUCUGCAUUCAUGGUAGUGAUCUCGUCUGCCCUUCUCCUCCUCUUUUCUCUCUGGAGACACAAAAGCAACAUGCAGACAAAAUCGGUGAAGAACAUCAGCGUGGUUGCUCACAUCAAAGCAAUGAAAAAUAUUAUGCUCUUCCUCUUCCUUUACACCUCUAACUUUACAUGUUUGAUCUUGACAGUGAUUCAUCUCUUGAAGCAGGAUGAUUUUGUGACAUUUUUCAUUUUAGUCUUUCAGUAUGUUUUUCCAGUUGUCCAUUCCCUUAAUCUGAUUUUGAGCAACCCCAAACUGGAAAAGACGCUGCUGAAAACUCUAUCCCGUGUGAAGUGCAAGGUUUGCAGGAG